AGACAAGUGCUGUUAGUGUGGAGCGAAGGUCGGGCGCGAAGAUAGCAGUGCUGCACAAACCGCGAACACCACGUACGAAAGCUGGUGAACGGAAGGAAAACGUGCCGCCCAACCACGCCAUGGUGUCCAGCAGGCCUACAGUGCGCGCGGCCAUCGCGGUGGUGCUCGCCGCCUGCCUCCUGCUGGGCGUGCUCAUCGCCACCGGCGUGCUGACGUCACCAUUCCGCCGGUCACAUGUCAGGCGGGUACAGGUCUGGCUGCGCGGCUCCCAGGCGACCGAAGGAAAUGAAGCGUGCAGCUGCGUCUGGCGCAUCGGCUGCCCCAAGUUCAGCUGGCAGACCAACUUCACGUCGCCAGCGUUUCGCUGCGGCUACCAGCCCAUGCUGGAAGGCCUGGUGACCGAGUGUCUCGCCGAGCGGCGGUCGGAGCGCGGCCGCGAUCUGCGGCUGCACGUGGCCGGGCACGUGCGCGAGGCCUUCCUGGUGGACUACAUGCGCCAGCGGCUGUGGACCACCGUCGAGCGGCAGACGUGCCGUCUCACCAGGCCGGCCGUCGGGCCGAAGCCGCUGGACGGGAACGGCUCGCUCGAGUAUAGCCAAGUGCGGCCCGAGGACGGCGGCGAGUCGUGCGAGGCGGUGCACGUCAGGCCCGGACUGAGACUGGAUUACAGGUACGUGGACGUGCUGGGCCCAGACACCUUGGGCUACGUCGACCACCUGAUGACGGAGUGCGAGGCUGAGGGCUGCGAGGGCGACAUCCUCAUCUUCUCGGGCGGCGUCGGUGAGCUGCUCAACUCCACGCUGCUGGACAGCUUCACAGGAGUCAGACGGUUCCAGAGGCAAUAUAAGCGACUGCUGCCGAUGUUCAUCGACCUGGUCUCAAUUCACAAAAUGGAGGUGGUCGUGAAGAUUCACGAGCCUGUGACGGACGAACUCAUACCGGACAACUCUAUGGUGCGAAACGACCUGCUGCAAGAGUACAACGCGCUCAUCAUGGAACAGACAAUGUCGACGCCCGUGGAGGUGUGGACCUCGCACAUGAUCAUGAAGCUGCAUCACAUCGAAGAGUGCGACCUACAGGCCAACAGCACGACACCCAACGAGGACCGCUGGCGCUGCGAGGAAGAGUUGGUGGCGGGGGAUCAGUGUCACGACGAGUAUUUCGACACCAUCUUCAACAAAGUGUGCGAGACAUAUAUCAAAAUGCCUCUGAAUCCAUGCUGCAGCGCAUAAUGCCUAUUGUGAAACCGGGAGAAAUAUACCGGCAUCACUUGCAGGGAGUGACGGUCAAAGAAAGUGACCACGUGUUUCGUAAAACUUGCCAUAAGCCCUGCGGUUGCGUCGAGGAAGAACAACUUGCCGGGACUAAGGCUGGCUUGUUGACAGGUGCAAUGCAUAGUCGGAAUACUCAGUAAAUGUGGUCAAAUUUGGCUAACUAUUGGCAUUGUUCGAGAUGUUCUUAUGUGGUGUUGCGUUUUUGUGUUCGGUUUCUUAUUGUUUACUACAGGUCAUUGUCGCGUGUGUCAGGAAACCAACGCAUCUUUAGCAUCGGAGAAUCGUCGCCUUGAAGGGCGCAAUAAAGCGGCGCAUUACGA